GAAACUUGAAAGUCAAAUCCUUUUCCAUGCACUCAUUAACACCAGUCUCCUCCCCCCCAAUAUCUUCUCUCACGUCUACUUCAAAAUUCACAUUCAGGCUUGUCGCACAUCCUAACUAUGAACAUUAUGGCCGAUUCAGCCCUACGCAUCACCUUCCCUUCCUCGUUUCACAUAACACUUCGUCGUUCUUCAUACCCAAUUCUUCCUUCUCUCUCCCCAAAACCCCCAAUUCUCAAUCCUCGUCUUCACUCUGCUUCUCUAAGACUCAAAAAGUCGACUUGUCGUGUGAGCAGUGUUCAAGAAGCUGUUGGAAGUGCAAUUAGUCUCAUACAAUCGUCUCCUCCAACGUGGCAAUCUGCUCUUGCGAGCAAUCUCCUAAUCUUCCUUUUGGGUUCUCCCAUUUUGGUUGCUGGGCUGUCUCUCUCUGGUAUUGGUGCUGCUCUUUUUCUCGGAACACUCACUUGGCGCGCUUUUGGCCCUUCUGGGUUCCUUCUCGUUUCUGUCUAUUUCAUCAUUGGUACAGCAGUUACAAAGGUCAAAAUGGCUCAGAAAGAGGCCCAGGGGAUUGCUGAGAAAAGAAAAGGACGAAGGGGUCCUGGUAGUGUCGUUGGAUCCGGUGCAGCUGGCUGCGUUUGUUCUCUUCUCUCAAUUUACGGAUUUGGGGGAGAGGCAUUUUCCCACCUUUGGCUACUUGGUUUUGUUGCCAGUUUUUGUACUAAGUUGGGUGAUACUGUCUCAAGUGAGAUAGGGAAGGCAUAUGGCAAAACAACUUACCUAGUUACGACAUUUAAGAUAGUUCCAAGAGGAACAGAAGGGGCCGUGAGUGUUGAAGGAACUAUUGCAGGAAUUUUAGCAUCUAUAGUUCUUGCCUUUCUCAGUUAUCUCUUGGGUAAGAUUAACACUCGUGAAGCAGUUAUAUGUGUACUGGCUUCUCAAAUUGCCAAUCUUGGCGAGAGCUUCAUAGGUGCUGUAUUUCAAGGGAAGAAAGGAUUUCAAUGGGUAGCUCACCAAUGAUGUGGUCAAUGUCAUCAACAUAUCAACUGGCAGUAUUGUGGCAAUCUUAUUGCAGCUAGCACUCCAGAAGUUCAAUAUGUAACUUUGCUGCAAGAUUCUCAAGGAUCUCAAUCAUCACAGUUUCUUUCUGGCCAUCCUGCUAAUUGCACUAGAUCAGUGUUGAUGAAUAACACUUGCCAUAUAAAACUGACAAGUGUUGACACACCUGAGAGCUCAUGUUUCUGAAAUGGAGGUGCUUUCAUAACGUGAAAUCAUGUGCCAGCUCAGUGUGGAUGACAGCCACAGGCCCAUAGCCAUUUUUUGUUGAUUGUUACCAGGUUUGAUUCAUUGACUUGAUUGUAAGAAUGACAAUGGCUAUGAUAGUAGAACUCUGGUUCUUCCAAUUGUAGAUGUCAAUUUUUUAUUGUCAGGUUAAUUUUAAUAUAUAUCUAGCAGAUACCUUUGGGUGUUCA